CAGCCGCUUCUCCAUAAAUACCCUUCUUCCAAUCCUUCCCCUCCACCUCAAACCAAAACCAAAACCCUCCCAACUUCCUCGUCUUAACCAUACAAUAGCCGAAGCAGAGCACAGCAGCAGCUUCUAAAGAGUAACUGGUGAAAACAAAAAGGCAGAGGACCAUGAGAAUGAGGCCUGCUGUUGCUGCUCUUUCCACUCUGCUUUCAUCUCUGCUCUUCCUUCUAAUCAAUGUGGACGCCAGAGUCCCAGGAAACUACGGCGGCGGCGCCUGGGAGUCCGCCCACGCCACUUUCUACGGCGGCUCUGACGCCUCCGGCACCAUGGGCGGCGCGUGCGGGUACGGCAAUCUGUACAGCCAAGGGUACGGGGUGAACACGGCGGCGCUGAGCACGGCGCUGUUCAACAACGGGCUGAGCUGCGGGGCCUGCUUCGAGCUCAAGUGCGCCAACGACCCGCGGUGGUGCCACCCGGGAAGCCCUUCCAUCUUCAUCACGGCGACCAACUUCUGCCCUCCCAAUUUCGCCCAGGCCAGCGACAACGGCGGGUGGUGCAACCCUCCCCGCCCGCAUUUCGACCUCGCCAUGCCUAUGUUCCUCAAGAUGGCCGAGUACCGCGCCGGCAUCGUCCCCGUCUCUUACCGUCGGAUUCCUUGCAGGAAGCAAGGAGGGAUAAGGUUCACGAUCAACGGGUUCAAGUACUUCAACCUGGUGCUGGUGACGAACGUGGCCGGAGCUGGGGACAUAGUGAAGGUGUCGGUGAAAGGCUCGAAGACGGGAUGGAUGGGAAUGAGCAGGAAUUGGGGACAGAACUGGCAGUCCAACGCGGUUUUGGCCGGGCAGGCGCUCUCCUUCCGUGUCACCGGCAGCGACCGCCGCACCUCCACUUCGUGGAACAUCGUGCCUUCGAACUGGCAGUUUGGGCAGACUUUCUCCGGCAAGAACUUCAGGGUCUGAUGAUCAAUGACCACUAAUGUUGUUUCUUCUUUCUCUUUGUCUUCUCUUUGGGAUGCCUUUUUUCUCCUUUGUUUACGGCUUUUGUUUGUGUCGGGAUUGGUAGGUAUUGCUUUCUUGUUUUGGGGGGAAGUGUUGACUUUUAAUUUUUAGGGGGUGUGUUUGAAAGUUUUUGUUUUUUAGUAUGGGUAAAGGGGUGAAAGUAAAAGUAUGGGGGGAAGGGGAAAAGGUGAUAGAGUGGGUUGGGGAAUUGUAUUAGUAUUGCUGAAGUGGCUGGCUUCACAUUAACAAAGCUGAAUGGAUGUAGCCCGCAGCUUUUAUACUAGAUCAUAUUUAUACAAAGUUAAUGUUUCAUGUCACAACUUGUGACAAAAAAAUGUUGCUCGAUUGUUACAUGCAUAUU